AUGCGCAAUGGUCUUAAAUCUCUACAGGAUAACUACUCUUCCUUAGAUCAGCGUCUUAUGCGCAUUGAGCAUAUACGGGGUAGUUCCUCACAUGGUAAUCCUAUGGACACUAGCUCCAUACCCCGUAGCGAUGACUCAUCGGUAGAAGCAUUUGAAGAAGAUAAGGAAGGAGACGAAGAAGAAGAAGUGGAUGCUGGUAAUGAAGAAACUGAAGGUGAUGGUGAUGAUGAGAAUGAAGAUGAAGAAGAAGAGGAAGAAGACGAUGAUGCCUCUAAUGGUGCUGAAGGACAUGAUGAUUAA